GGCAUCUCCCUUGCUUACAUAAAUUUCACAAAGAUUGCAUUGAUCCAUGGCUGAGAAGAAAAACAUCAUGCCCAGUUUGCAAGUCAUCCAUUGCUUGAUAUGCGGUAUUAAUCUCCGUGCUCCAUGUCAUGGUGCAGCAAAUGGAAUUAAAUCUGCAAUCAAUCUCAAUCUGAGUAUCGAGUAUAGCCCUUUAAUUGGGGUUGAAGCCCUCUUGUAUCUGGAGCAAGCCGGACUGCCUAUGACCAAGCAUAAGAUAGAUGAAAUCAAACUUUUGCAUGGGCAUGAAAUUUUGGAUGAUGGAUUUAUGUUGGAGCUCAACGUUACCAACAGUCAGGCAUGGGGAUUGGUUGCAGUCGUUGGAACCAGAUGUCUGACAAUGCCGAUGGGAGAAAUGGGUAUAUGGUAAAGCACACUUGGGAUUUGAGCGGUAUGUUGCUUGUCUCUGCAUGAUUUGCAUAGCAAGACACACUCUUGAUUGUUCUUUGUCAAAAUUCUGAACCAUCUCUAAUCACAAUUGUUAAUCCAGAUACGCGUUUCUUAGUGUGUCCGGCUUACAAAUUCUUGUACUGGGCUUUUUGAAUGUGGUACACCUUGUAUUUCAAACUUGUUCGUCGCAGUCAUUCGAUAGCCUUAAUUUGUUCAACUUCUA